CUUCUCUCUUUCCAUACUUUGAACGAUGGGUAAAAAACCAUUUAUUGACAAGAAAUCAGCCAAGCACUUUCAUGUGGUGCAUCGAUCUCAAAAGGAUCCUCUUAUUAAUGAUACAGAAGCUUCUGAUCGUGUCCUUCAAGAAGUUUUGCCUAUCAAUCAACUCAAGCAUAAACCACAAGCUGAAAUUGACCGAGUCAAAGCGAAGCCCAAGAAACUUACACAAGAUGAAAUUGACCAACGUAUUGGACAGGCAGCUCAACAUGGUAUCUUUUUUGAUGAUGGUGAAUACGACUAUAUGCAGCAUUUAAGGACGAUUGGUGAUGCUACAGAUGCUGUGUUUUUAGCAGCACCCAGUACAAAGAAAGAGAAACCCAAGACAAUGGAUGAUGGAUUCUUGAAAGAUGAAUACCGCGAAAAAAAGAACCCACGCUUGAUUGAAUUGCCUAGCAGUGUCUUGCCUUCUCAAGUUGAGAUGAGUGUAGGUGUAAUGAACCAAUCUACUGGUUUGGAUCAAGGUCUUCAGCCUGACAUGGAUCCUAGAUUACGUGAAGUGUUUGAAGCUCUUUCAGAUGAAGAAUACAUUGAAGAUCUAGAUGACGAUUUCUUUGAUGCUUUAAAUGCUGAUGGAGAACCUUAUGAUCCUGAAGAAGAUGAAGACUAUGUGGAUUCAGACUAUGAAGACUAUGAACAGGAAGAAGAACAAGAAGUAGUGACUGAAGAGAAUUAUGACUGGGAAGCAGCAUUUAAGAAAUUCAAAAUGAACCAAAGCAAGCGAGAUUCAGAUGAUGAUGAUGAAUUAGAUGACUUUGAUCGUCAAACAAGACAAACUGGAUUCUCAAUGUCUUCUUCUGCUAUGCAUCGUAAUCCACAAUUGCGUCUAUUGGACGAUCGGUUUGAAAAGAUAGAAGAGGAAUAUGCUGAAGAGAGUGAAGAAGAUGAUGAGGAAGAAGAAGAAACAGAAGAGCGUGCUGAUUUUGAAGCCAUUUUAGAUGAUUUCUUGGAGAAAUAUGAAAUUGUGGGCAGAAAGAUGCAGCCCAAAAUGGAAGGUGAAACAUCUGCUGCUAAAUUAGAUAUGAUUCGCCAAGGAUUGCUCAAGACACAUAUUCAUGAACAAGUAGAAGUGCCUCGUUCUAAGCCAGUUGUAUUGGAGCCUAAAUUAGAAAGACCAGUCCAAAAGCAACGAGAGACAUGGGAUGUGCAGAGUGUGAUUUCUACUUAUUCCAACCUUGAAAACCAUCCUUCUCUGAUUAGUGAUCAAGGACCAUCAAAACGUAUUCGUAUUGAUCCCAAGACAGGCAUGCCUAUUUUAGUAGAAGUGGCGCGUAAACAGAAAAAGAAGGAACAAGAAGAAGUUGAAAAUGAGAGUGAAAGUGAAGAAGAAGAAGAAGAAGAAAUGGCUGAAAAUAAAGGUGUUCCACGAUCUAAACAAGAAACAAAAGAAGAGAAAAAAGCACGAAAACAAGCAGUCAAAGAUGCCAAAAAGGUAAUCAAAAUCAUACAUCAUCACAUUGACUUAUUAUUCCUUUAGAAUCGACGAGAAGAGAAAAAGACAACAAAAUCAGCAUUCAAAAAUGAAGAAAAUCGCCAAAAGCGUAUUCUUCAACAACAACGUCAAGCAAAAGGGGCUACUCAUAUUCCUUAAUUUAUAAUAAAAUAAAAAAAAAUUUUUUUCUUUUUCA